AUGCAUCCUACGGUUAAUGGUUCAUUUGGCGGUUCUGAUAACUUCGUCAGGAGCCAUUCUUCCUCGGAUUUCGAUCUUCAACGUCUGGAAGAAUUUGGGUCGAAAGGACGAAACUACUUGAUCGAGAAGUGGGAGGAAAGAUCAAAUUAUGAGGGCAGUGUGAGAGGAUCUCGGAAAGUAAUCGAUGGAGGGGAAGACGGGGAAGGCGGAGGAGAGGAUAGGUUACAACCAUCGAUCAAGCAAGAAAUGCCACCGAUGAUUGUCAUGAUGAAGCUUAUCCUCCUUUUGUGUGCCGGGAUCAACCGCUAUGUGGCCAGGUUCGUUGUCCCGGUCCUCGGCUUUAAUUUCAUCGCUACCUCAAACCUCUACGAGAUCAACUACAAAUUCAUUGCUGCCGAUACCCUCCAGAAGAUAGUCGUUCUCCUUGCCCUUGAAGUGAUCGUCUUUCUGAGCGUCAUCUGGUAUAACCUCCUUUCGCUCCGGUUCGAGUACUGGGCCGCCAAAAUUCUCAUCAAUGAGCGUUUCCCUGGCUCUAUCGGUGAGAUUACCUCGAUCAGAGUUGAAUCGGACGUCGUAUCCCUUAGCGGCAUUGAACCCUUGGAGACAGAUGCUGAGUGGGACGUUGAUGGCAGUUUUCAUGUCCGGGUGAGGCGGUCUCCACUUGCUUCCUUAAACAACAACUCGUUUCGAUUAUCUUCAAUCUGGAGCGACACCACGCGAGCGUCAAAUCUCAGUGGGGUCGAGAUCUACUUAGUACAAUCUUCUCCAGUGGGAUCAAUCUCGAGCUUCCACUAUGCAGGCAGAGAGCCGGUGAGCGGGGUGCCGAUAAAUCCAAUGUUUUUAUGGAGCGGCACUCAAGGACUAGCUGGAGGAUCGGUUAAGAAGCAUGAGACGGAGGUGCCGCCUUAUAUCAGUGGGGUCGGUGGGGCAAUCGGACAUCGGAGGACUUCCUCCAAUUCCUCGGCUACUCACGAGCCUAGGUCGUUACCGAUGCAUCCUACGGUUAAUGGUUCAUUUGGCGGCUCUGACAACUUCGUCAGGAGCCAUUCUUCCUCUUAUUUCGAUCUUCAACGUCUGGAAGAAUUUGGGAAGAAAGGUCACACUAAUUAA